GGUCCUUGAAGGCAGCACUGCGUUACUUUAGCUCGCGAAGUAGGCUAACUUUUUUCAACUACGGUUGCGUUUUUAAGGCUCAGUUUUACUUGAAUGGUUGAGUUUUGAAAUGAUUAAGAUUAAAAUAGCGUAGAAAGAAAGACGUUUUUGUUGUCUUUUUUUUUUGUUAUUUUUGUCAGCGUAAAGUCCAAACUUUCCAGCUUAAAUCAGGGAGGAUGGAAGGAGCCGAUGGAUUCCAGGCAGACUAGAUGUAGCUGAUGCUAGCAAGCUAACUAGCAAAAGAGGACAUGGUGUGUUUAUAUCGUUGCCUCAAGUGAAGAUCAGGAACAGGAAGUCGCUUUUCUGACAUGGAAGUCACUGGAGAGACCAGUGACACCGACAGUGGCAUCAUCCUUCAUUCAGGCUCUGACAGCCCCACCACACAUGCGAAGGAUGUGACGACACACACACGGGCCAUGAAGAUUAAACACCAGGCGCUCCAAGACCAGCUGGAGAGAUGCUUACAGGAGCUGAAGAAGCUCUGCAUCCGAGAAGCUGAGUUGACAGGCAAGCUGCCAAAAGAUUACCCUCUGCAACCCGGAGAGAAACCUCCACAGGUCCGCAGACGCAUUGGAGCUGCGUUCAAACUUGAAGAACAAAACAUCCCUGAAAGAUCAGAGGACUCAGAACUAUGUUUGGUGGAUGCUGAUUUGGCGCUUCAGAUGAAGAUUUACGAGGCUGCGCGCAAACUCUACGAUGAAGACCACCGGAGCAAGGCUGUUAGGAAAAGCCGGUUGCAGCAGUGCAAAAUCGAGGAGAAGAAAGUCAAGAAGCUUCAAGAAAAGGCCUUCCAGUUGCGACUGGAGCAUGGCCGAUCGUCACCACUUCCUGCUUUCAAUAUUACACAAGAUCUUGGCACAUCUGAUGACAGUUCUUUAUCUGAUUCUGUGGGGCAAGAUGAAGACGUUGCGAGCCAGUCCUCACAGCCAUCCUCUGGACUCCCUUAUCCUGUGGAAAUGAAUCCUCCUAAGACUCCCCUGGUGUCCAAGCGUUCUUCCACAGACGGCUCCUACAGGGCUCACUCUGUGUCUCCUCAGUCGCCGCUGCUGAGCUCCUGUCCAUCUCCCUCUCCUAGCCUUGACUCCAAGUUGAGUUUAAACUCAAGCCCUGCGUACGACCCCCCUCCCAUCCAACACUCCCCAUGGGCAGAGUCCAGCCUGGACCAGCCUUACCAGAAGAUCAAGAAGUCGCACUCCUCCAGCAAAACRAGCACUCCGGUCAAGUCUGAAUUGUUGCCACCGCUCGAGGUCUGCAUUUUACAAACCAGUUUACCCCARCAGCUGUCCCAUCUGAGACUGAGCCGCACCCAGCCCAACAGCACACCCUCCACUCCAGAGCUGCGUGUGCACAGACAGCUCUCCCUCAGGCUGUCCAGUCCUGAAUCGUCAGUCCAUAAGGAGCGCGGUCGCCCCAGAGGUCCUCGCAGGCGACUCACAGAAUUUGGAAUAACAUUACCAGAUGCUCAUUCUCCAACAAUGAGCUUCAUAAACCAUGCCAGCUCUGAGGAUAGCAGCUCUGAAAAAUCAUUUUCUUCGUACAGCAGCUCCCCUUGUCAGGAGUUUCCAUCUAAUUUACCCCGACAGUAUCAGUCUGGAUUCCCUGCUCCUAGCCCAGAAGGCAGCUAUGGACCUCAAGCUGUCUUUUCCACUAACUUUCACCAUAAUCCAAGGUACACGUUCAGCCCCGGUGKACAGAGAACCUAUUACAAUGAUGAAAUGGUCUACUCACCUGAUCUAGACAUGGCUCGGAGUCGUUUCUCUCAGCAAACUCCCAACAGAUACGACUACUGUUAUGGAGAUGCUGCUUUUCCUCAUCAGAGAGUGCAGAGGCCUCUGCCGCCUAGCAUCAGAGUCACCCCCCCAGCACAGAUGGACCAUCCCCACUACCUCUCAAAUGGUCUCCCACGCCAAGUGGUGAACGAGCAGCUGAAGUCGUGGCACCGGCGCAGUCAGUUCAAAGCACCGAGGUCUCGCUCUCUGGACCGACAGGGAGCAGUCAGGGUGAAAAAUGCAUCAUUUCGGGAGUCAACCAACUACCAACAUCAAACAUACCAYGACCAAGGUAUUCAAAGAGGAACAUUUCAAAGAGCUGCAGAAGAAAUUCAAGAGCCCUGGCUCAUAGAUGACGGCACCCACUAUAUAAGUCAAGUGUGAAGAGAAACGCUUUGAACAUUUUUAACUUAUAGACUUCAGUUUUCACAUUCAGCCAAAGUGAAGUGAUCAGAAAACUGUGUCUUCAGUGAACUGCUUGUUUUGUUAAAACUUUAUUGUUAUCGUUUUAUUUUCUUUCCUUGGUGCAUCUGAGCAAACCAAACACCUCUAUGUUUCCAAAAAGUCACAAAGUUUAUUGUAGARCUGAAGUCGAUUUGAUGAAUUAUAAGGUGAAUGUGUUGCUUUUAUCCACUCUGUUUGAGAUGUUUGUAGGACUGAACUUGAUGCUUUACAAAUGUUAAAAAUGGUAAGAUGGGCCAUUUUCCCUAGUAGGAUAUGUCUCAGAAAAACUGAAAUUUCUCUAAAUCAUGAAAAACAGAAAUAGCAAGUAGUUA